ACAGGCGGUUAUUCUGGGGGCUCCUGGUUUAAGUUUUGGGGGCUCCUCCUCCUUUAAAUGGCAGCUCCACCUGCUUGUUAAGGUUGGAGAGGGUCUUGUGAUGCGAGCCCGAUAUCUACAUUUCGGGACGUAAGCCUCAAGGGUGGAGACCUCUAGUGGCUUAGAGUUGACCUCUCGCGUCUCAUGUGUGAGGCCACCAUUACGGAGAACGUAGCGGUUGAGCAUUAGGCUCCCCACACACAUUACAAUCUGAUUGUACAAUCUGCUAUUACAAGUUUGUAGUGCAAGGGCCUGCCUGAUUGGAAACCGAUCGAUUGGACAGUCUAGAGCCUUCAAGUCCCCCUACCGGUGUUUCCAAAAUCUUCGAGAUGGAGAAGGACAAGAUGGACGUGACUAGAAGGUUCUUCAGUCUCACUUUGGAGAUCAUCUACCUGCUGACCGGAGAGGAUUUCAUGGUGGUGAGAGAAUCUGGUGAGCUGAUCUCGCGCAGGAUGAAUCGUAUUUUUUCUGAUGGCUCCAAUGACAGUCGAGGUGCAACGGUUGGCUUGAAACCUCUCGCACCCCCAGGCGGAAGAAAUAACGACAACGUCUUGAAACUGACCAGCAAAAUCGUUCAUCUGCUGACAGGAGAGGUUCGGCGGUUUGUAGGGCAUGAAGAUGGAAGCAAUGAGGACAUCAUCCAGGGAUCCCAAUUUGCCCCACCUCUAGAUGGAUCCAGUAAUGGGAACCCACCGGGGAGAUGUCGCCGUCCUCUGUAUUCCCGGGACUCCUCGGAGGAGGAGGAGGGGGAGGAGGAGGAUCGCUCGAUGGAAGAGGAUGACCAUCAUGGUGACAAUGUAAUCAGCAUUAAGGUUGAAGAUGAAGAAGAUCCCUUGAUGAGGGGCGGCGAGAAGAAACGUCCCUUAGAGAUCAGCACAGACGGAUCCAGUAAUGGAAAUCCACCAGAGAGACGUCCUCUGUCCUCCCGGGACUCCACACCUCGUCCUCUGUACUCCCGGGACUCCACACCCCGUCCUCUGUACUCCCGGGACUCCACACCCCGUCCUCUGUACUCCCGGGACUCCACCCCCCGUCCUCUGUACUCCCGGGACUCCACACCCCGUCAGGCUGAAAACCCGGCGCUUGUCAUUGUGCCGCAAGCGCAGGACGGAGACGAUGACGCAAAGGGAAUUGGGACUUCGGAGGUCACCCCGGAUCAUGACGGGAAGAACGGUUCUCCUCAGCCCGAAACCUUAGGCUCUCGCCACUCCUCCGCAUGGUCAUCCGACGAGUUAGUCUCCCCGGAGGGGAAAAUCUACGUUUGCUACGAAUGCGGCAAGUGCGUCGUCUACGACACCGACCUCCAGGGGGCGGAGGCGGGCGCCCGCUCGGCCCUGUGCUGCGACUGCGACAAAGCCAACCCGUUCAAGCCCUUCGUCUGCGUCAAGUGCGGCAAGUCGUUCUCCAGCAAGAUGGUGUUCAUGGCCCACCAAAGCGUCCACACCGGCGGGCAGUCCUUCCUGUGCGGCGAGUGCGGGUUGACCUUCUCCAACAAGUCCAUCCUGGAGACGCACCGGAGCAUUCACACCGGGGACCGGCCCUUCUCCUGCUCGGAGUGCGGGAAGUGCUUCGCCAUGAAGGCCAACCUGGUCAAACACCUGAAGGUCCACAAGGGGGAGAAGCCUUUUCCCUGCCAAGAGUGCGGCAAGCGUUUCGGCAUGAAGUCCAACUUGGUUAAGCACCAGCGGGUUCACACCGGGGAGAAACCGUUUGAGUGCGCUCAUUGCGGGAAGGCCUUCGGCAUGAAGUCCAACCUGGUCAAGCACCAGCGAAUCCACACGGGCGAAAAACCCUUCGAGUGCCUCGAGUGCGGGAAGUGCUUUGCCAGCCGGUCUAACCUUACCACGCACGAGAAAAUCCACACGGGGGAAAAGCCUUUCGCCUGUUGCUUCUGCGGUAAGGGCUUUAUCACCAGCUCCGACCUAUCGCGGCACCAGAAGACCCAUACCGGCGAACGGCCCUUCAUGUGCGCCGACUGCGGCAAGACUUUCAUUAGCAAGUCCAUCCUUACCGCCCAUCAGAAAUCUCACACAGGAGACGAGCCCGCCCUUACUUUCAACGUUGUUCCCGAGCGUUUGGACAGCUGCUAGGAAGCGCUGAUUGGACGACUUUUUAUUUAACCCUUUCAUGCCUAAGCCUAUUUAUGACAUUUGGUGUUUACAAGUUA